AUGCAGCGUGCGGGGUCCUGCUCGGACGUCGGCGCCGAGGAGGAGCCGGCCCUGGCCGCCGCCGCGAGGGGCGAGGAGAUGGCUGGGCCCGCCUCCACGGCGGCGCCGCACACCAUCUUCUACGGCAGGGUGGUGGUGUUCGAGGACUUCCCAGCGGAGAAGGCGGCCGAGGUCAUACGCCUCGCAGCCGGCGGCGCUGAGCGCGCGGCGGUCCCGGCCCCGGCCUCUGCUCCGGCUACGCGCGACGACCUGCCCAUCGCCAGGAAGGCGUCGCUGCAGCAGUUCCUGGCCAAGCGCAAGGACCGCCUCGUGGAGCGCGUGCCCUACACCCGCCCGUCCCCCGCGGAGGAGGCGGAGAAGACGAAGCAGCCGGCGGCCUCCUCCUGGCUCGGGCUCGGCGGCAGCACGAUGAACGCCGAGCGCCUCACCAUCGCGCUGUUAUUUGAGGAGUUCGCGUGCUGUGGAUCGAUUAGCAGUGAUUUAAUUCGGUGGGUUCCUGCAAGAAGUCGCAGGCGCCGCCUCCGCCUCCUCCCGCUCCUGCGCGGCGCGGCUACUGAUGGUGACGGCGGAGAGCAGGCGGGGCGUCGUUGCUGGCGGCGUGCAUGCGAGUCGGAGUCGAAGCCGGAGAGAUAG